GCCGGCUCUGCCUCCCUCUCUCAGCGACCUGCCCAGGAGUCAGCAGCAGCAGCAGCAGCAGCCCCCGCCCUCUGGAGCCCGGGCAGCAGAAGAGGGUGGGAGAGAGAGGUGCUCCGAGCCACAGAGAGAGCGUGCUGAGCAGAGAGAGCCUAGACGAGCGAAGCUCCCCAGGAAGACCCUCAGCCAUGAUGUGCCUCUGGUUUCUCAGCUCACUGCUGGCCCUGAGCCAGGCUCUGCCCUUUGAGCAAAGGGGCUUCUGGGAUUUCACCUUGGAUGACGGGCUGGCCAUGCUCAAUGAUGAAGAAGCAUCCGGAGCUGACCUCACCUCAGGCCUGCCUGACCUGGAUGCCCUCACGCCCACCUACAGUGCCAUGUGUCCCUUCGGUUGCCACUGCCACCUGCGUGUGGUCCAAUGCUCAGAUCUGGGCUUGAAGACCGUCCCCAAGGAGAUCUCCCCGGAUACCACCCUCCUGGACCUGCAGAACAAUGGUAUCACCGAGCUCAAGAAGGAUGACUUCAAAGGCCUCCAGCAUCUCUAUGCUCUGGUGCUGGUAAAUAACAAGAUCUCCAAAAUCCACCCAAAGGCCUUUAGCCCACUUCGAAAACUGCAGAAGCUCUAUAUCUCCAAGAAUCACCUGGUAGAGAUCCCCCCAAAUCUGCCCAGUUCCCUGGUGGAACUGAGGAUUCACGACAACAAAAUCAAGAAGGUAUCCAAGGCGGUGUUCAGCGGGCUCAAGAACAUGAACUGCAUUGAGAUGGGAGGGAACCCCUUGGAGAAUAGUGGUUUUGAACCUGGAGCCUUUGAUGGUCUGAAACUCAAUUACCUUCGCAUCUCGGAGGCCAAGCUCACUGGCAUCCCUAAAGAUCUGCCUGAGACUCUGAAUGAACUCCAUCUGGACCACAACAAGAUCCAGGCCAUUGAGUUAGAGGACCUUCUCCGGUACUCCAAGCUCUACAGGUUGGGCCUGGGACACAAUCACAUCCGAAUGAUUGAGAAUGGGAGCCUGACCUUCAUGCCCACCCUGAGGGAACUCCACUUGGACAAUAACAAGCUGGCCAAAGUACCCCCGGGCCUCCCUGACCUCAAAUUCCUUCAGGUGGUCUAUCUUCACUCCAACAACAUCACCAAGGUGGGCGUUAAUGACUUCUGCCCCGUGGGCUUUGGUGUAAAGCGGGCCUACUACAACGGCAUCAGUCUCUUCAACAACCCUGUGCCCUACUGGGAGGUGCAGCCAGCCACUUUCCGAUGUGUCACUGACCGCCUGGCUAUCCAAUUUGGCAACUACAAGAAGUAGUGAGGAGGGGGAGGAGGCAGCAGGACCCCCUUGGGAAAGAGACCCGGCUGAGAAGGGAGAGAACAGGAGAGAGACACAAAGAGGGUAUAGGAGGAGGCAAAGCCAUGCGUAAACCCAAAUCCCAACGGCCUCACCCUUAGCCCAGACCUUCAUCCACACUUGAACCCCAAACUCCAAUCGAAUGCGAAUUUGAAUUCCCAACUGCCUUGCAAACGUGUCCCAGCCCCUAGCCCUGGUCCUCAGUGAGAGCCAUCUCUUUUUGGUUUCUUUGCUCUCCGGCUCCCUGACCUCCUACCACAUCCAAGGCUAUAGUUGAAUAUAGAUAGAGGUGAGGGAGCUUGGGAGAGGCAAGGGGCAGGCAGCCAUGUCGCAAAGCUGGGAGCCCUGGCCUCUAGCUUUCCAGCAGAAUCCUUCCCCAGAUCUGGUACUUUCUGGAGAACCAGGGAGACAGCCAGCCUGGUUAGGGUUUCCCCCCCCCCCCCCUACUCUCCCCACCCCAAUCCGACCGAAUCUCCAAAGCUCUAGUUCUGGGCAUUUUGUUUAUGUGGUUCUAUGUUGGGUAGAGUUUAGUCCCAGUGUGUACCCCAGCAGGGAUGUCUCUCUCCUCACCUUUAUCCCUUCCUUGGCUCUUUCCUCUGCUCUUUCUCUACUUCCCCAUUCUCCUCUUUCCUUUCUGUGU